AUCUCCGACACGGCGAUUGGAGCGAUAUGGAAAUGUCGUGAGGAGAAGGACGUCGACUGAAGAUCCUCCCCUCUCCUAUAAAACGUCAUUCUUCAAUCUCGUGUUCCUUCGCUUCUUUCAGAUUAUCCGUCGAUACACAACCGACCCUCAAUAAAAGCAAUGUCCUGGCAAACUGAAGCCCUCAAAGCAAAGACCAUCUUGCAAAACUCGAUCCCCAAGGAAUGGUUACUUCCCGUAAAUAAGCUGCCCCCACCGGACCAGAAGAAUGUCUUGGAUUUCCCCAGGACCUGUGGACUCCUCAACGAUAAAGAACUGUCCAUCACAGACAUGUCCGCUACGGCCCUGGUGGCUGGAAUGGGAGCGGGAAUACUGAGCGCAGAGGAGGUGGUGGCUGCGUUCUUGAAGCGGGCUGUCUUGGGGCAUCAGUUGCUUAACUUUGCAACGGAGUUCAUGGCGGAGAAAGCCAUUGUCAGAGCCAGGGAGUUGGAUGCCUACUAUAAGCGGACGGGGAAACUGGUCGGACCUUUGCACGGAGUCCCCAUCAGCGUGAAAGAGCAUAUUGGCAUCAAAGACCUCACCUGCAAUGCCGGCUACGUAGCAUGGGUAAACGACAUCGCCCCGGAAGAUGCCCUCAUCCUACAGUGUCUCCACAAAGCAGGCGCCAUCUUUCACGUCCGGACAAACCAACCCCAAUCUCUCAUGCACCUCUGUUGCAGCAACAACCUAACAGGAACUACCACAAACCCCUUCAACCGCUCCCUCUCCCCUGGUGGCUCAUCCGGCGGCGAAGGCGCCUCGAUGGGUUUCAAAUGUGCACCGCUCGGCAUAGGCACAGAUAUCGGGGGUUCGAUCCGAGCCCCGGCGGCCUUCUGCAAUGCCUACGGGUUCCGACCGACAAUGCGUCGAAAUCCCUGUCUGGGGAUCAAGGCGCCGGAACCGGGCCAGGAAGCCAUCCUCGGCGUUGUGGGCCCACUGGCAGCGCAGAGUAUUGAUGACCUCGAGCUGUUCCAGAGGGCCGUUCUAGAUGCUGAGCCGUGGGAUAUCGAGACCUCGCUCGUUCCUCUUCCGUGGAGACGAGUGAAGGAAAACAGGGAGUUUACAGUGGGAAUCAUGUGGGAUGAUGGGCUAGUCCGUCCUCACCCCCCAAUAACCCGAGCACUCGAGGCCGCCAAAUCCCAGCUUCAAGCGGCCGGCAUCAAAGUCGUGGACUGGGAACCCUACAAGCACGCCCACGGCUGGGACAUCAUCUCAAAACUCUACUAUCCGGACUCGGCCGCCUCCCAAAAACACCUCAUCGCGCAAACCAGCGAGCCCACCCUCCCCCUAACAAGCUGGGCCUUCUCCUACGCCCACCCGACCCCAUUCUCCAUCGCCGAGACCUGGGCGCUGAACAUCGCCCGUGACAAGUACAGGGACGAGUACCAUGCGCUGAUGAAAACGCAAGGGGUGGACUUCAUUCUCUGUCCUGCCUAUGUGGGCGUUGCCGCUGCCUUGGGUGAGGCUCAGUAUUGGAAUUAUACCGCAAUUUGGAACAUCCUGGAUCUACCGGCCGUAGUGUUUCCUUCCGGUAUGAAAGUUGAAGAUGAAGAUCUAAGCCGUGUCGAGGAGAGGAGUGGCUGGAAGGCCAGGAGCGAGGUUGAGGCGAGGGAAUGGAGGAAGUGGUGGGUGGAUCCUGGUCGCUUCUUGGGGGCCCCGGUGGGCCUGCAAGUGGUCGGAAGACAUUUUAAGGAUGAGGAGACCAUCGCAGCCGCGAAGGUAGUUGAGGGGGUGAUUUGUGGGUCGGAGAGAGCCAGACUGUGAGCGAGGUUGGUGUGGAUGAUCUAGUUUUUUACGUCUAUAGCUAGACUCCCGAAACAGAGAUGGCGAACAAGUUGCUCACCUCUGAGAUGGAACUCGCUUCAAGCAACGUACGCAUUCCCGAAAAGGAUCAAUGAGUCCUUGCAGGCUCAUACAUG